AUGCCUAGGCAUAGAUCCGUCAAGUUCCAGCAUCGCGGCAAUGGCAAUGGCAAUGGUCACGACCAGCGACGGCAGAGCCUAUCUACAGCCAGCGACAGCACCUCCGAACCUCCGAGCCCUUCAAGGGAGGGCGAUAACAGUCGAAAUGGCUCCAUCGUCAAAGGAGAAAAGGAGGGUGAUGUGUCGGACUAUGAAAAGAAGAAGGCAACCUUCAUAACGCGAACAAUCUGGACCUUCGCCAUGAUCACCGGAUUCUUUGGCGCCAUGUUUGCUGGGCAUGUCUAUGUUCUCAUGAUCAUCACUGCUGUCCAAAUCGUUUCCUUCAAAGAAGUCAUAGCCAUCGCUCAGGUCCCCACAAGGCAGAAGAACCUUCCGCUUACCAGAUCUCUGAACUGGUACUUCCUGGUGAUAACGAUGUACUUCUUGUACGGCGAGAGUGUCAUCUACUACUUCAAACAUAUCCUUUUGGUGGAUAAGGUUCUGCUCCCUUUUGCGACACAUCAUCGUUUCAUCAGCUUCAUGAUGUACAUUUUCGGCUUCGUGUUCUUUGUCGGGUCGCUGAAAAAGGGACACUAUAAGUUUCAGUUCACUCAGUUUGCGUGGACUCACAUGGCCCUCUUCCUCAUCGUCGUUCAAGCGCACUUUAUGAUGAACAACGUUUUUGAGGGCAUGAUCUGGUUUUUCCUUCCGGUCUCCUUGGUCAUUACCAACGACAUUUUUGCCUACAUUUGCGGCAUCACGUUUGGCCGCACACAGCUUAUCAAGAUUUCUCCCAAAAAGACUGUCGAGGGGUUUGUUGGAGCUUGGAUUUGCACCAUCUUUUUCGGAUUUGCCCUCACCAAUAUCCUGAUACGCUACAAAUACUUCAUUUGCCCUGUCAACGAUCUGGGCGCCAAUAUCUUCACUGGGCUAGAAUGUACACCCAAUCCGGUCUUUGUGCCACAGCCUUAUUACAUGCCUGCAUGGACCGGAGUGGAGUAUACCCUCUGGAUUGAACCCAUGCAGUUUCAUAUUCUCAUUUUUGCCACCUUUGCAUCAUUGAUCGCACCCUUCGGAGGCUUCUUCGCUUCGGGGUUGAAGAGGUCAUUCAAGAUCAAAGACUUUGGCGACAGCAUCCCGGGACACGGAGGCAUGACAGAUCGGAUGGACUGUCAGUUCAUCAUGGGGUUCUUUGCUUACAUGUACUACGAAAGCUUCAUUGCCGUGUACAGAACCAGCGUGGGGGCCGUCAUCGAGUCGGCGAUUGUGGGCCUGACCCCUGAAGAACAGGUCGAAGUGGUCAAAGGUCUCGGAAAGUACCUCUAUAACCAGGGUGUAAUCUCGCAAAAGGUAUGUAGCCACUAUAUUUUGCACAAAAGCUAA